UGCAUGUUUUGUUUAUUGUGAUAAUAAACAUAACCAUCAAAUUUUAAAAUUAUUUUUCAUUAAAGUUGUUUAAUCCAAAAAAUUGUGUAAAAAAUGGCUAAUAUAGCCUUGAGUGAAGCAGAAAAAACAUUUAUCCUACACGGCGUUGAGGAAGACUUUCGUUGUGAUGGUCGAUCACGUCGAGACUACCGACCCAUGGAACUAGAAUGUGAAGUGGUAAAUAAUGCCAGUGGUUCGGCUAGAUUACGGCUGGCAAAUACUGAUAUAUUAGUGGGAGUAAAAUGUGAAAUAGAUAAACCCUCACCACUUUUUCCAAAUCAAGGAAAAAUUGAAUUCUUUGUUGAUUGUUCCGCCAAUGCUACUCCCGAAUUUGAAGGUAGAGGUGGUGAAGACUUGGCCUUAGAAUUGUCAGAUACAUUGGCAAAUGCAUACGAGUCCCCACUGGCUUUUGACUUGAAGCCCUUGUGUAUAUUGCCGGGUCAACAAUGUUGGAAGUUAUAUGUUGAUAUUUUGAUUUUAGAAUGUGGAGGCAAUUUAUUCGAUGCUGUUUCCUUAGCUGCCAAAGCAGCCAUAUUUAAUUGUAAAAUUCCCCGAGUAACAGCUUCCUUAAUGGAUGCUGGAGAAGCUGAGCUUAUAAUUAGUGAUGAUCCCUAUGACUGCACCCGCAUAGAUAUAGAAAAUAUACCCAUAUUGGUGACAGUUUGUAAAAUUGGAGAUUGUUGUUUGGUGGAUCCCUCAGCAGAGGAAGAAGAAUGUAGUACUGCUAGUGUGGUUGUGGCAGUUUCGAAACGUAACAAUAAAAAUUACGUUUCUCAUACUCAUACUGUGGGUGGCGGUUCCCUACACAAAGACACCAUGUACAAUUGCUUAAAAUUGGGCAUGACAGCAGCCGAAUAUCUGAAUGAAGCCUUGGUUAAAGCUGUAAGAUUGGAGGAAAGUCGUGUAGGUCCCAAGAGAAAGGAAACCGUUGGUUUUUUGAAAUGAAACAAAUAUACAAAUUUUAAUUUGGUUAGUAAAACCAAUAGGUUUUUAAGUUUUAUUAAAAAAAGAAAUCCCGUAAAUUGUUAUUCAAAUACACAUUUUUUUUGAUAUAUUAAAUUUUAACUAA